UGAAAAACACAACCAUCGUAUAUAGAUUGUUGCCGGCUAGUUUUCAGAGCAAUAAGCGAUGAAUUCUACCGCCUUCACUCCUCUCCCUUCAAACUUGAUACCCGAUGAUGCGAGCCCUGAAUGGAUGAACAAGGGUGACAAUGCGUGGCAGCUCGUUGCAGCGACACUUGUCGGGCUCCAAAGUGUCCCGGGCCUGAUAAUUUUGUAUGGAGGGGCUGUGAAGAAGAAAUGGGCUGUGAAUUCAGCUUUUAUGGCUCUCUAUGCUUUUGCUUGUGUUCUAGUUUGUUGGGUUGGGUGGGGAUAUCGAAUGUCUUUUGGUGAUCAACUCAUUCCAAUCUGGGGAAAGGCAAAUCUUGCAUUGGACCAAGGAUACCUCCUCCACCAGACCUUUCAGGGGAUGUUUCCCAACGCGACGAUGGUGUUUUUCCAAUUUGUUUUCGCAGCUAUCACUUUGAUUUUGAUUGCCGGGGCCUUGUUGGGUCGGAUGAAUUUUUAUGCGUGGAUGCUUUUUGUGCCUUUGUGGCUAACCUUUUCAUACACCGUUGGAGCAUAUAGCAUUUGGUGUCCACAAGGUUUUCUAGCAGAGUUGGGAGUCAUAGAUUAUUCCGGUGGUUAUGUCAUCCAUUUAUCUUCUGGAGUAGCCGGUUUCACCGCAGCAUAUUGGGUUGGUCCUCGUUUAACGAAAGACAGGGAAAGAUUUCCCCCAAACAACAUCCUUUUGAUGUUAGCAGGAGCGGGAUUGCUAUGGAUGGGUUGGACCGGGUUCAAUGGAGGGGACCCAUAUGUUGUUAGCAUCGAUGCCUCGUUAGCUGUCUUGAACACACACGUUUGUGCCGCAACUAGCUUGCUGACAUGGCUCAUCCUCGACAUCAUCUUCUUUCGUAAACCUUCUGUAAUUGGUGCAGUACAAGGCAUGAUAACCGGUUUAGUUUGCAUCACCCCUGCAGCCGGGGUUGUACAAGGAUGGGCAGCCAUAAUAAUGGGAAUUUUUUCGGGCUCCAUUCCAUGGUUCACCAUGAUGGUAGUCCACAAAAAAUCUGAGCUCCUUCAAAAAGUCGACGAUACAAUGGGUGUUUUUCACACGCACGCUAUUGCAGGGAGCCUCGGAGGAAUCCUCACUGGUCUCUUUGCUAAACCAAAGCUAAGUAAGUUGUUCUACGGCAAGUAUGGCAAGUACGUUGGGUUAUUCCAUGGCUUCGCUGGUGAUGGAAAAGCCUCCCUAGGAGUUCGACAAGUACUGGUUCAGAUUAUCGGUAUAUUAUUUGUAAUAGGAGUUAAUGUUGUCAUCACGAGCCUAAUAUGUCUUCUGGUGCAACUUAUCGUGCCUCUGAGAAUGUCUGAAGAAGAUAUGGAGAUCGGUGACGAAGCUGCGCAUGGUGAGGAAGCCUAUGCUAUUUGGGGUCAAGGUGACAGACCCGAGAAUUCAAGGUAUUCGACGUAUAAUGAUAUUGAAGUGGCGGUGCCUAAGGAAGCUGGCCAAGUUGAAAUGAUAUGAAACCAUACACAUUUUGUGGUCUCAUAAGCUCCUAAGAGUGACUCAUGUCCUCUGUGUUAAGAAAUAAUUCUUUUUCUUGUUUUUGUUUUCA